AUCGUGUUAUCGCCCCCAAGAAAUGCCACAUAUUAUGUCACCAAUUCUUUAGUACAAUAUUAAUCUAAAAAGAGUUGAAAUUUUGAAAUCCUGUUUUUUCUGUAAAGAUGCUGCGUAUUGUGUGUGCAAAGACGGGAACGAGCAAGUGUGGUCAGAGAGUAAUCGUCGGAGACGUGGCUAGCAGAGCUGGUAUGAAAGUUACUGAAGCUCAGAAAGCGCUUCAAGCUCUUGCUGCUGAUACAAAUGGGUUUCUUGAGGGUAUUGUUUUGAUCUCUGUAAGAGCAAGAAGACCAAAGACGAUGUCUACCUCAAGCUCACCAUCAAGGUCCAAACUUUAGCAACGAUCUUCUUCUAUUGAAGUUGUUCUUAUUUGGGUGCAUCUUAAUGUAAUAAUUUUCAAAUUUAUAACCAUUUUCUUUGUAGAUCUCUGGAUUUGGAACAGUCUUGUGGCUUAUUUUGAUAGAUUGUCAGAUAUAGUGAGCAAUAGUUUUUGUGUGUUUAUCUGUAAUUAUGAUGAAUGUACCAACUCUUAAGUGGUAGUAACGUUUGUGCUA